AUGUUCAAGAAGUACUUUGGCCUCCGAGGCCAGGCCCUCAACUAUGCUAUCAGUACUAUUGCGGGAACCGAUUUCCUGCUCUUUGGCUAUGACCAAGGUGUCAUGGGUGGUAUCUUGACAAUGGCUCCUUUCAUGGAGCAAUUCCCAGACAUGCACAGCGAUGAUCCCACAGUAUCCGCCGCUGUUCGAAAGGACCGCUCUAACUAUCAAGGCAUCGCUGUUUCGUCUUACAACCUGGGCUGCUUCUUUGGUGCCAUUGCUACCAUCUUUCUUGGAAACAAGCUCGGCCGCCGGAAAAUGAUUAUGCUCGGUACCACAAUCAUGGUUGUUGGUGCUGCUCUUCAGGCUUCUGCGUUCACUCUGGAACACUUCAUCAUCGGAAGAAUCAUCACUGGUCUUGGUAACGGCGGCAACACAUCUACCGUUCCUAUGUGGCAAUCAGAAACCUGCUCCGCCCAUAAACGUGGUAAAUUGGUAAUGAUCGAGGGAGCGCUCAUCACACUCGGCAUUACCAUCUCGUACUGGGUUGACUACGGCAUGUACUUUGCGCAAGACACAUCUGCCUGCUGGCGCUUCCCAAUGGCGUUCCAGAUUGUCUUCUGUCUAAUCAUCAUGGCCUUUGUUAUGAACCUUCCAGAAUCUCCCCGCUGGCUUGUGCUCAAGGGACGUGAUGAAGAUGCAAAGGAAGUUAUUGCUGCCAUUGCCAACCAGGAUGUUCAGAGCAAGUAUGUGGACAACGAGUUCAAGGCCAUCAAGGAGACAGCUGCAGAGAUGAGUAAGGGAUCAUUCUCAGACUUGUUCUCUCGAAACCACAACAAGAACCUUCACCGUACUCUCAUCGCUUAUAUCAAUCAAAUGUUCCAACAGAUCUCUGGUAUCAAUUUGAUUACUUACUAUGCUGCUACCAUCUAUGCUGGACUUGGUAUGACUGGCCAUAUGCCUCUGCUCAUGGCCGCUCUGAACGGUACCGAAUAUUUCCUGGCCUCACUCCCUGCAAUCUGGCUGGUCGAGAGGGUUGGACGUCGAAAGCUGAUGCUCUUCGGCGCAGCAGGCCAGUGUGCAUCCAUGGCCAUCCUUGCUGGAGUUGGCUCCAGCGAUGCGAAGGCUUGCCAGAUUGUCGGAAUUGUCUUCUUAUUUGUCUUCAACUCAUUCUUCGCCGUUGGCUGGCUUGGCAUGACUUGGCUGUACCCUGCUGAGAUUACGCCUCUUCGCAUCCGUGCGCCUGCCAACGCUCUGUCAACAUCAAGUAACUGGAUCUUCAACUGGCUGGUGGUCAUGAUCACUCCUCCUGCAUUUGAGAACAUUGGAUCCAACACAUAUGUCAUUUUUGCAGUCAUCAACGCCAUCAUGGUUCCUUCGGUCUACUUCUUCUUCCCUGAAACUGCAUACCGAUCUCUGGAAGAAAUGGAUACUAUCUUCCAGAAGGUGGGGCAUGGUUUCCAAGGCGCACUCGAUGUCGUCAAGCAGGCCAAGAUCGAACCUCGACGAUAUGACAACAAUGGCAACCUUCUCAUUGCCAUUGAGGAGGUUGAAGAGAAGGGACAUGUUGAGCAUCGAAGUGGAAGCUCAAGUGGGCAGAGCGGUGAAGGUAACAACGCUGCCAUGUUUACUUCACAUGACGAAGAGAACCAGCGCCGAGAGAAUUAA